AUUUAUUUGACAUUCGUAAACUUGAAUCCUCACGCUUAUCAGACAAAACAAAACUCAGGCUUUUCGAUCACAUUUUCAAGGCUUGAUACACGUGACUCAAACAAGUAUCAAUGAUGAGUGACGACUGGACCGCCGAGCCUCUGGUUCUCGACUUUGAGCAUCUUGCUCGAAACGAUGUCGGCCUAGUCGGCGGCAAGAAUUCCUCCUUGGGUGAGAUGAUCCGAGCCCUCGGACCAAAGGGUAUCCCGGUGCCACCAGGCUUCGCAACAUCCUCCUACGCCUACUGGCACUAUGUCGACGCCAACAACAUCCGGGGCAAGAUCGAUGAACUCGUCGAUCAGUGGCAAUCUGGCCAUCAGACCCUUGCUGAGAUAGGCCACGCCAUACGCACUCUGUUCCUACGUGGGACAUGGCCCGCCGAUACUGCCGAGGCCAUACUGUCUGGCUAUCGCGACUUGUGUGACAAAGCUGGGGUCGAUGAUCUGAGUGUUGCAGUGCGAUCAAGCGCAACGGCAGAAGAUCUCCCUGACGCGAGCUUCGCUGGACAGCAGGAGACGUACCUAAACAUCCAGGGGAGCGAAGCACUGCUCGAUGCCUGUAGACGAUGCUAUGCUUCGCUCUUCACAGACCGGGCUAUCAGCUAUCGCCAUAUCAAGAAGUUCAAUCAUGGCAACGUGGCUCUGUCCAUUGGGAUACAGCAGAUGGUUCGCUCCGACAUCGGUGGCGCAGGAGUCAUGUUCUCGAUUGAUACAGAGAGCGGCUUCGACAAGAUCGUCCUCAUCAAUGCUGCAUGGGGUCUUGGCGAGAAUGUCGUCCAAGGCACCGUCAACCCAGAUGAGUACCAUGUUUUUAAGCCACUGCUGUCUAAUGAGAAGCUGUCGCCGAUUCUGAGCAAGAAGCUCGGCGACAAGGCCGUCAAGAUGGUGUACGGGGAUAAGUGCGUACCAACUCGCAAUGUCCCUACAUCCAGAGCUGAGCGAGCGUCCCAUGUUCUCGAAGAUGAAGAGAUUCUCCAGUUGGCACGAUGGGCGUGCCUUGUUGAGGAGCACUACGGUUGCCCAAUGGAUAUGGAGUGGGCCAGAGAUGGCUCUUCUGGCAAACUCUAUAUCGUACAGGCCAGACCUGAGACUGUGCAGUCUCGUCGCGACGCGGCUGCCUUCAAGACCUACAAGGUUGGCGAACGUGGCCACACCUUGACCACGGGCCUGUCUAUUGGUGACAAGGCAGUUGCUGGGCGCAUCUGCCUGCUCACUUCAGUCUCGGACAGGGACAAGUUUAUCGACGGCUCCAUCCUGGUUACUGACUCUACUGAUUCCGACUGGGUGCCUGUGAUGAAGAGAGCUGCUGCGAUUGUCACCGACUACGGUGGGCGAACCUCUCAUGCCGCGAUUGUCAGUCGGGAACUGGGUGUCCCAGCGGUAGUUGGCACUGGAAACGCAACCUAUGUUCUGCACACUGGGCAAGAUAUCACCGUGUCAUGUGCAGAAGGCGAUUCGGGCCUUGUCUAUGAUGGAAUUUCGGACAUCACUACUGAGAUGGUCAACAUAUCCGACCUUCCUUCCGUCCGAACAAAGAUCAUGCUGAAUCUAGCCAAUCCCUCAGCUGCGUAUCGCUGGUGGAGGCUCCCAGUCGAUGGCAUCGGACUUGCGCGUAUGGAAUUCGUGGUCAGCAAUUCUAUUCGGGUGCACCCCAUGGCUCUCGUCCACUUUGAUCAUCUUGAGGAUGAAGCAGCCAAGAAAGAGAUCGCCAAUCUCGCUGCAGGCUAUGCUUACAAGCCUGAUUACUUUGUGGAUAAAUUGGCAUCUGGCCUUGCGACACUGUGUUCUGCUGUUUAUCCCAAACCAGCCAUUAUCAGAAUGAGCGACUUCAAGACGAAUGAGUACGCUCGCCUGAUAGGCGGUGCCGAGUUUGAACUCAAGGAGGAGAACCCCAUGAUCGGAUUUCGUGGGGCCUCGCGUUACUACUCGCCUCGUUACAAGGAAGGCUUUGCUCUAGAAUGCCGCGCUGUGAAAAAGGUUCGAGAGGAAAUGGGACUCACUAAUGCCAUCGUCAUGAUCCCCUUUUGCCGAACAGUCAAGGAAGCCCGAAAGGUGCUGGACAUGAUGGAGCAGAAUGGUCUGAAGCGGGGAGAGAACGGCCUCAUGGUUUAUGUGAUGUGCGAGAUCCCCUCCAACGUGAUCCUGGCUUCGAGCUUUACCCAGCACUUUGACGGCUUCUCCAUUGGGUCCAAUGAUCUGGCUCAGCUCACCCUCGGUGUAGAUCGUGAUUCGGGGGAGUUGGCGAGUUUGUUUAACGAACAGGAUGAGGCUGUCAAGUGGAUGAUUGCUAGAGCUAUUGCGGUAGCUCGCCGAGAGGGCUGUAAGAUUGGGCUUUGUGGUGAGGCACCAAGUAAUCAUCCUGAAUUUGCCAAGUUCUUGGUUAAUGCGGGGAUUGAUUCCAUCUCUGUCAGUCCGGACAGUUUUAUUCAGGUUAUGAAACACGUAGUGGCUAGUGAGAAGGGCUUGUAAUUAUUUAUUCAGCUACUGUUAGUGAUGUUUAAAGUGCAUCUUAUUCAUCAGCCGAUAGUUUGACGUUGUGAGGUAGAAUGCAGAAGGACGCUAAUGAGCCUUCAGAGGGAAGGAUCUUCUUUGCAAGCCUGGUGAUAUCAGUAGUGCGAGUUGAUAUUUACAAAAGAAUAUCCAAGACCUCGAAGUCGAUAGGUUUUGCGGUGACUUGAUUUGCAUCUGAAUAUUUCACCAAGUCAUCCUACUUAAACCAUGAUACAAGAAGUUUAACUGGAAUUAUUAUACCUAUUGACUAUAAAUACAAACGCCAA